AUGCGACCACCAUCCCACCCUGCCUCACGCACUUUAUGGAACUUUUCCACUCAAUGGUUCCUGGCCCCGCAAGGUACCGGAAUCAUAGCUCUAAUCCUUCACCAAUUGGACUAUCAAUUUAGCGGAAUCGAGGUCAUUUCCGUGGUAAUCUGGAUAUACACCAUUACCUUGCUUGCGCUUUGCUUGUUUGCCUACCUCCUCCGCAUCAUCCUAUACCCUCGACAUGUCGCCCGGGUACUGCGAACAAGUAUCGUUGAAACCGCAUGCAUCGCUAGUAUCCCCAUUACCUUCACCUUGAUUAUUCAAAUGACCACACUGGUCCUGGUUCAUUCGUGGGGAAAGGCGUGGGGAAUUGUCUCGUACGUGCUAUGGUGGAUUGAUACGGGUAUGGCGGUGGUAGCGGUCAUGGCCAUCCCGUAUGUCUUUGUCAAGGUCCAACCGCCGGGCGUCAAGGCCAUUUUACCGGGUGUGUUGCUCCCAUUGAUUUCCGCAUUGACUUCUGCUGCCGGUGGAGGCGUCAUCUGCGUAUACGGACAAAUUAGCCCGCGUCUCCAAGUCCCAGUUAUCAUAGUCUCAUACCUAGAAAUCGGUCUUGCACUUCCAAUGGCUCUCGGAUUGAGUGAGAUAUUCGCGACUCGUCUCUUCGACCGCUCUUUUCCAAAGCUGGAACAAAUAUACCAGGAUAUGAUCCUCUGUGGUCCAUUUGGCCAAGGUAGUUUUGCAUUCCAGGUUCUCGGACAGGCAGUUUCCAGAGGCGCCUUUGCAGAAUACAACCGUGGCACGUUCUUGACAGCUCAAGCUGCACAACCAGUUGCCUUUGCGAGCCAUCUCGCAGGCCUGCUUUCUUGGGGGUAUGGGACAUUUUGGUGGUGUUUUGCGAUUAUCAGCAUUGUGCAUACAUUUAUCUCGCAGCCCGGUGGGAUCAGGGGGUCGCAUUUUAGUAUGUCGGCUUGGGCGUUGGUUUUUCCGUGGGGAGUUUAUACAAAUGGCGCUGUACAGCUGGGGAGGAUUAUGGAUGCGCCAGCAUUCAAAGUGUGGUCUACAGUGCUUUUCAUUUUGAUACUUGUCAUUUGCAUUGUACUUCAUAUCUUCACUAUCAAGGGCCUUAUUACCGGAAGGGUCUUGGGUCUUGCGCAUGGUUGGAGGAAAAGUGCUUAUAGGGACGACACUGGUGAUAAGGAGGUUUGA